UCCUCCUUCAAAGUACACUUACCGUUCGUUGGCUCUCCUCGGCUAAGUAAAAAAAAAGAAACCAAACCCAUUUCUUGAAUUUCUCAUCAUCUCAACCUCAAAAACAAUGGCGGCUUUAGCACCCGGGAUCCUUCAGAAGCUAAUCGACGGCAUGAAAACCGGAGUCAAACCGACCCGAGAGCACAGAAGCUCUCUGCUACAAGUCACGGACAUCGUCCCCAUCGAUCUCGACGAGAAGAAUCUCAUACCCAAACAAGGCUUCUUCAUAAAAGUAACCGACUCUUCUCACUCAAUCUACGUCACCCUCCCUUCCGACCAAGACGACGUCGUGCUGAGCAACAAGAUGCAGCUCGGCCAGUUCAUCUACGUGGAUCGGCUCGAUCCAGGGACACCUGUUCCGAUCGUUCGAGGGGCUAGGCUCAUCCCUGGGAGGCAUCCUCUGCUCGGAACAACUCCCGAGCCGUUGAUGAGCUGCGCGAGAGGAAAGGCUGAGGACGAGACUGGUUCGAGGAGGGGAACUUGGGGUCUGAACGGUGACGUUUCGUCUCCUUUUGUGUUGUUAAAGCCUGCGCCUUUGGAUUUUGAUCAGUGCACUCCCGCGAAGCAGAGGGUGGUGAUGAUGACGAGAGGGAGGUCACCAGGUGGUGGUGUUAGGUGUUCUUAUGGAGGAGGGGUUUUGGGGAAAGGAGAGAGUUCUUGUUCGGUGAUGAGGAAGAGCUGUGCUGUUCCACUGAUGAGUUCAAAGUUUUUAAGAAGUAGAAGUGUUUGUGAUAGAGAGACAAUGAAGAGCUCUGUUUCUUCUGCUCUUUUUAGUCCUUUUAAAUCCUCUGCAAAGAAAAGCAACUCACCGCCUCCGAGUGUACGCCGCACUAGACGAGUAACCGCAGCGGCUGCUUUGCUGGAAGAUGAAAGAGAUGCUCCAAAGUCUACUUUGAAAUUGGCUUCUCCAAAGUAUAGUAAGAUGGACAAACCAGAGAAGAGUUCGAGUCUAACAGGAAGACUCAGCACACUAAGCAAGGAAGCUAUGCAGCAGCGAGAGACGGCUCAGAAGAUAGCUCUUCAGGCAUUGAGAGAAGCUACAGUCACCGAAACAGUUGUCCGUCAUCUCAAGACACUAGCUAAUCUGAGCAAAUCAGCAAAACCUGAUUGUCCAGCUGCGUGCUUUGAGAAGUUCUUGGAGUUUCACAGGCAGAUAUCUGAAACCGUGACCGAGAUAGCGUCCAUUGAGAACAAAUCUGAGGAUAUGUCGUCUUCCGUACUCAAUGAAAUCCAGCACAACUCUGUUGAUCAGGAGAAGACUGCAUCAAAGAAAAGAACCACUGCCAUGAAGCAGCAGCAAAACCAUAAGAGAUUGAGAUCAAACGAUGAGAACAAGAACCCAUCAGCAGCAGCUCCUCCUCCUUCCGGGUUAGGAAACACAGUUAGGUUGGCUAAAGAGAUAGAGAACGAAGCUGCAAACUGGUUCAUGGAGUUCAUAGAGAAGGCUCUAGAGAAAGGGAUGAAGAAGUGUAAAGGAACAGGUGAUGCAGAUGUUAAGAAGGUUCCACAGUCUCUGAUUCUCCAAGUUUUAAACUGGGUGGAAGCUGAACAGUCUGCUGAUAACACAAGACGACCGGUACAUCCAAAAGCAUCACAAAUCACUAGGAAGCUCAGAAUCAAAAUGAAGAAUCCUUGAAUCAUACAAGUGCAGUCACUGAGACUUUUUUUUUUUUAAUAUUGUUUCCACUGCUUAUAUAGAAACUCAUUCAUGGAUUCUAUUGUAGUUUAGUCAAGUUUAUAAAAAGUGGUUUAUUCUCAAAUGUCACAAAUAAA